AUGGCGGCGAAACUCAGAGUGCUAAUUCUUGGUGGCACAGGCGAGACGGGCGAAGACGUUGUCAAUGGCUUGAUCGAAGACGGCGGAUAUGAAGUCUCCGUCUUCACACGCCCAACAUCCGCUUCCGGUACCGCCGUUCAGUCUCUCCGAGACCGCGGCAUCAACAUCGUCGUCGGCGACAUCCGCGCACCCGUCCCCGAAUUAACAACCCACCUCCAAAACAUCGACAUUCUCAUCAGCGCUCUCGGCGCCAAUGCCCAGAACGAACAGUACCGCUGGGCCGACGCCGCCAAAGCCGCCAACAUCAAACGCUUCAUCCCCUGCGGCUUCAUCAGCAUCUCGCCCCGCGGCGGCAUCAUGAUGGGCCGCGACGAAAAGGAGCUCGUUCACGACCACAUUUUCCGCCUGCGCGUCCCCUUCACCAUCAUUGAUGUCGGCUACUGGCACUCCAUCUCCUUCCCCUCCCUCCCCAGUGGGCGAGGCGACUAUGCCAUGUGGAUCCCGAAAACCGAGAUCAACGGGGACGGCAACAAGCCCACCCUCCUCACUGAAAAGCGCGACAUCGGUCGCUACGUUGCCCGCAUCAUCCGCGACCCACGCACCCUCAACAAGCGUGUCGUCACCUGGUCCGACGAGAUCUCCCAGAACGACAUCUGGUCCCUUAUGGAACGCCUCUCCGGCGAGACCAUCCCUCGGGUCUACAUCGACGACAAUGAAACACUCAAACGUCGCGACGAAGCACGCGUCGCGUACGCCGAGGCCCUCAAAACCGGCGACCCGCAGAGUUGGGCGAAGCGGCUUGGGGUGAUCAGUGCGGAGUAUAACUAUGCAAAGUUUGUGAGGGGGGACAAUACGUUGGAAAAUGCAAAGUAUCUGGGGUAUUUGGAUGCGAAGGAGCUCUACCCGGAUUUCAAGCCGAUGGGGUUGGAGGAGUAUCUUGUAAGGGUGUUGGAGGGGAAGGAGAGGCGGAUUGAGGGGGAUGUUGGGGCGGUGUUUGCGAAGAGGUUCUCGGGAGAGAAUGCGCACCGAAAGGAGGAUGCUGUGCACUAA